CCUGCCAACAAAUACUUCCACGAAUCCGUCUUCUCCGGACAUUACUCAGACCACUUCUCCAGCACCCGCCUCCCACUGGAUCAACAAUCAGCCCACCUCUCCGCCCUCAUAGGCGCAUACCUCCACACCACCACCCACCUCAUCAACGUCACGACCUGGCUCGCCCACGGCACCCUUCUAGGCUGGUACUGGAACGGCUUCAUCCUCCCCUGGGACUCGGACGUGGACGUCAUGGUCGAUGAGGAUACCAUGGGUAUAUUCGCGACGAAGUGGAAUAUGUCGACUUGGGAAUUCGACGAUGGGGAAGGGAAAGGUGGAGUGAAGAAGUACGUGUUGGAUGUCAACCCGCAUUGGGUCGAUCGGAGUAAGGAUGAGGACAAUAAAAUCGACGCGAGAUUCUUGGAUAUGGAGAGUGGGUUGUUUAUUGACAUUACGACAUUGCGAGGCAAUGGCUUUAAAAUGAAUGGUGGGGAUGUGGAGGUCAUGACGGUGAAAGAUGGACACCAUUAUGCUUACGAUGAUGUGUUUCCGUUGAGAGAGAGUCGAUUCGAGGGCGCGCCGGCGUGGGUGCCGUUUGCGUAUCCGGAAAUUUUGGCCGAGGAGUAUGGCGAGGAUGCGUUGGUGGAUGUGUAUCACAAGAAGCAUUUGUUUGAUGGAAAGGUGGGCAAGUGGGUG